CCUCUUACGUCAACCACUUGACAGUCCGCGUUGUUCCUCGCUGAUGCCUUCUGAAAAUGUUUCUCUCCUCUGCCGAAACGCUCGCGAAAAUUUCUCACGGGUGACACGUUGCGAUACGUUCGGAAAAAUGAGAGCACCGAGACAUUCAUCGAGAUACGAUGAGAAUUUGUAGAUUUUUGGAACCUGUUUCUUUCGGAUGUUUCGAACUGUGAGACUCGUUUGGUAUAUUCGAGUGAAUCGUUAAAACCCGGACAUGACAUUUCACAGCUGACACACGAACCGCUGGCAAAAUUUUGAGUCAAAUCAACCGUAUCGUACCUCGUUUAAAAGCUGAACAAUAAAUUUGAUGCUCUAUUUCAAUAAUAUAGUUCCUUUGGGUGUCACUACAGAUAAUAACAAAUCUGUGAAAAUACAAGUUGUUAGUAAUAAGAUAUUCGAUUCUCGUCAAAUUGUCACUUCAUCAUCAUAUGUUUUGAUAUUCCAGAACACGUAUAUUUAGUCCCUAGCUGUUCAAGAUCGCCAACUUUAAAAUGGAAAAAAAUUCUAUAAAGUACAAACCUUAGAAAUCACUAUCUCAUUCCGUUUUUUAUUGGAUCUUCUGAUUAAUUGACUAAUAGAAGAACUUAAAUCUCUUCAGUGAUACGAGAAUUUUAAAUUCACGUGGAACACACUGAAACGUUAAAAUUUACUGAAAUAAAAUAGCACACGCGUUUCGAAUUUUUUAUUUUUAAUCGAUGUAUUUUUAUGAGUGUUGAGUACAUCUUCUAACAACCUUGUAUAAGUAAAUAUUGUUGUGGCAUAAGAAAAUAUAUUUAUUUUUUAAUCUAUGUAAACAUUAUAAAUAUUUAUAAAAUAUAGCAUCUAAUAAUUUAACAAUAUUACUGAGAAUUAUGGAUUCACCAGUAUCACCACAAACACCUUUAAGUUUUGAAUUAAAAGCAAUUAUAAAUAAUAGAAAUGUAUUAAGUAUGAGGAGCCGCAUGAGAGUACUUAAUAGUUUAAAUGAAAGUAAUAAAAAAUAUUUAGAAGAAAAGGAAAAGAAUUUGAGAUCCCAAGCUAUUCAAGAGAUUUUAACAACAGAAGUUACUUAUUUACGACAAUUAGAAAUCUUAAUGGAGUUCUUCAUACAACCCAUGUUUGAGAGAAAGCUAUUGGACCAUGUUUUACUUUCAACAUUAUCUGAAAAUAUAAAAACAUUAUAUAACGUUAGUGGAGAAUUGGUAAAGGAAUUAAAACAAGAUCCACAGAAUAUAGCGGGUGCAUUUCAUAAGCUUGCACCCUUCUUUAAGUUAUAUUCUGUUUAUGCUUACGAUUUUGAACAAAUUUUGUCCUUACUACAGUCGAAACAAGAGAAUAAUUUUGUAUUCAAAGAUUUUAUUAGUAAACAAGAAUCAAGGCCUGAAGUUGCUAGAAAAUUGCCUUCAUUAUUAAUUACACCAAUACAAAGGGUACCUAGAUAUAAAUUACUUUUACAGGAAGUCAUGCAACAUACUCCUACCAAACAUAAAGAAUACAAUCUUUUGCAAGCUUGUUUAGUGGAAGUGGAAAAAGCAGCAAGACAUAUAAAUGGAUUAGUUGAGGAACAUGAGGAGGCACAAAAAUUAUUAAAACUUCAGAAAUGUAUUGUGAAUCCAAUUAAUUUAGUAAAACCUGGUAGAAAAUUGAUUAAACAAGGAUCAUUAAUGAGAGUCUCAAGACGAGGAAAUUCUGCAUAUAGAAGAUACUUUAUCCUUCUUAGUGAUACUUUAUUAUAUUGCAAGGGAGAUCCAGAAACCUCAUUAACUGUUUGUUGUGUUUUACCAUUGAACAAAUGUAAAGUAGAAUGUGUUUUGGGUGGUGGACUGUUUCGUGUUACUUGUUUAAAUGAGACACUCUUACUUUAUUCUGAGAAGGACGAUAGCCAUUUAUGGGUAGAAGCAGUGCAAAAUUCUAUAAAAAAGUAUGCAGAAUGUAGACAGACCUUAAGAAAAGAUAGUAGUUCAAGGAAACCAUUAAGGCACAAUAAUCUUAAUUUAUUUCCAUCUGAAAAUAUACCAAUUGCUGUUGGUAAAAGAAAAAGAUCAGAUGAAGAAACUGAGGUUAAUUUGGAUGCAUCAAGAAUUAUGUAUCUCAAAAAGGAUAGCGAAGCAGAUGCAGGUGCACAAUUAGAAAGUAAUUGGUUCAUACUACUAAAAAAAUUAAAAAGGUUAAAAAAUAGUACUAGCACAGAAUGUAUUGAACCCUGUUUGCAAAAUAUUAAUUAUAAUGUUAAGGGAAAAGAAAAUGAACAUUCCAUAAAAAAUACCACGCCAUGUUCAUCUCCUGCUACACCUUCAAAUUUUGAACAGCAAACUACAUCAACAUUUAAAUCUGUUACUGAAUUCUUUUCAUCUAUUGGAUCUUCAUUAAAAGGAUUUUUUAGAUUUAGAUAACAAAGUUCAGUUUAUGUGUUGUAAUAAAAAUUGACGAAAUAAUGAAAUAAGUAAUUUAUAUGCGUGUGUAUAUUGUUUAAUUUUCUAUUAAAAGUAUUUGGAAAAUAACU